CACGGCAGCAGCAACAGCGCAGAAGGAGGAGGCGGGAGGAACCCAUACCAGCACCGCUAGCCGAAACCAAAUACAGAGUAAAUAUAACGUUGUCUUACCGGCGACCUGCCCUUCAGUGCAUUGCUCACCUCGUACAGAAAGAGGCCGGUUCGGAAAAAUUGCCAGAGCUGUCGCAACUGUUGGACAAACCUAUUCGGCUUCAUUUGGGUGACGGCUCCUUGCGGCCGAGGAAGAUUCAUCGUCACACAAAUAGAAGUCAGUGACCGCGUGCAGCCCAUCUAGACACUUUUCGAUUGGUCGUGUAACCCGCGCGGACGGCCGGCGCUCGGAGCGUUGAGAUUCAUCGUGCAACGCCAUCUCCGUCGACCGCAUAUUGUCAUCAUGGAUGCCGUCGCAGACUGAGUCUAGCCUAUUCCCAAUUGGCUGCCACGCACGAGCCGCAUUGGAUGCGAGAUUUACAAGGACGAAAGCUUUGACAUAAUGGCGAGUCUGUCGACGGAACGAGCCGUCAGCCUAAGCCGGGGGGACUCGACUGACAACCUUUUGACCACGGAUUUGUCGCCACCAGAAGUCCUUCUCGAGCCGACCGUCUCCGGCAAAGAUGAUGAUGAGGAGGAGGAGGAGCCGUCAUCGCAGCGGCCGGCGGGGGCUAGUCAUCGUUCGCUUCAGAGCGUCUAUAAGAACCAGUCGUCCUCGUCUGUGUCGUCUUCUGUGUCGGGAACGACAGCGGCGGCGCGGCCAUUGCUGACGGCCCCAUCGUUUGACCAACGCCAAGCUCCUGAUCUGGUGGACGCGUCGCCGUGGAGUUCGACUGAGACGUCGUGCCGCAGUCGAAAGAAUUCCGUUAAUCUGGUGGAGGGCUGGAACCAAGGCAACGGCCAAAACCACAACAACAACACGUUGGCCAUCAAUCAACGCCUGGGCGAUGUUGCCGUUCGGACGGCGCCGCCAUCGCAGAGCUCGGUCGACUCGGCCAUCAUCAGCACCGCCGCCGGAAUCAUUGCCGGUUGCGGGGGCCAGACCACCCGCACCAACCGAUCUGUGCCGGACAUAGAACUCCACUAUCGGCGCGACAACAGCGACGAACGUGCGUGUGGGAGCGUGGGCGAGCCCAGCCCUCGGCUGUACAACCGUCACGGCCCUCAUCAUUCGCAGUCGUCCUUUGCUCCGCAUUACCAUCAUCAUCACAGCUCGUUGUUGUCACAGCAACAGCAGCAACACGGCGGCCCGCCUACUCACCUACACCAGCAUCAACAGGGUGUCCAUCACUCUUCGCGUUAUCACCCCGUUCAUCCGUCAGUGGGUGUUAUUCCGUCUCGGCCCCGUGUCUGCGAACAUCAGCCGUUUUCAUUUUCGCUGUCAAGAGCCACGUCCCGUGAAUCGGUCCGUUCGGGAGUUGGCCAGUCGGGAUUUUACGGCCACGGACAGGAAUCGUCUUUGAGAUUGCCCAGCAGUCAGCUGGUGCCGGAACUGGCUGCUUCGCUGGCUACUAGUGGUUACUCAGCCGCCGGAAGUUUUCGAGGCGAAAUGCUGCGCCAACAUUCGCAGCCGGAAACGUCCUGCUAUCACUGCCACAACCCGAGCUCCUCGCUGCGGCAGUUGAAGGAAUCAGGCGGAUCUAGCGGCGGGGGAGGCUGCGAUAUCGCCGGCAUCGCUGCAGACACGCUUCGCAUCAAUGGCGCCAUCCGGCAGUUCCGCCAGGUAGCUUUUCCACUGCAGUCGGCGACGAAAAUCCGUCGAUCCCGCUUUCAGCGCGCCUACACCGACGCCGCUUCUGAAACGCUGACUCCCGGCUCGACGGCAGCGGCCGGUCAAGUGUUGGCCACCAGUGCGGUCGUCCCGCCCGUCUCCAUCACGUUGCGGAAACCGGUGUCCACACUGUCGAUACCUUCUUCCAUGAAAGCCACCGGUGGCAGCAGAAAUGAUGGCAACGAAGAGGCCACGACGGCGCUGGUCAGCGUCCAUUCAGAGUACCCACGCUACACGGAGGAUCGGUGCCAGGUGCAGCAGCAGCAGCAGCUGGUCAGCGUUAGCGUCGGAGGCAACAGCAGCAGCGUCAAAUCCAGCGCUUUGGGAGGCAUUAGCAUCGCCGCGACUGGCACGCCUGGAGCCGUCGGAAGUGGUGCAUCCGGCGUCGGACAGGUCAUGGCCGCCUCGUCUUCAACCGGCGGAGGAAUGGGUGUUACGCCCCUGGCUAUGGGCAAGAACCGGCCCAAUGUCGGCUACCGGCUCGGCAGACGGAAAGCUCUCUUUGAGAAACGCAAGCGAAUCAGUGACUACGCACUCGUCAUCGGCAUGUUCGGCAUCAUCAUCAUGGUCAUCGAAAACGAACUGGCCAGUGCCGGCGUCUACACCAAAGCAUCAUUUUACUCGACCGCCUUGAAAACGUUGAUAUCAGUCUCGACGGUGAUUCUCUUGGGUUUGAUAGUGGCCUACCAUGCCUUAGAAGUCCAGUUAUUCCUGAUUGACAAUUGCGCGGACGAUUGGCGGAUCGCCAUGACGUGGCAACGGAUGAGCCAAAUCAGCUUCGAGCUGCUCAUCUGUGCCGUCCAUCCCAUUCCGGGUGAACAUUACUUUUUGUGGACGACCAAAUUGGCCAACCACGGCGGCGUCAUCGGAUCGAAAUGGGUGCCCGUUGAUGUCGCACUUAGUUUGCCCAUGUUCCUAAGGCUCUACCUCAUCUGCCGAGUCAUGCUUCUUCACAGUAAACUAUUUACGGACGCAUCGUCGAGAUCGAUUGGCGCCCUCAACCGGAUCAAUUUCAACACGCGAUUCGUCCUCAAAACGUUGAUGACCAUUUGUCCAGGCACCGUUCUUCUCGUAUUUAUGGUGUCGCUAUGGAUCAUCGCCAGCUGGACGCUGCGUCAGUGUGAACGGUAUCACGACGAGGAGCACGCCAAUCUGCUCAACACGAUGUGGUUGAUCGCAAUCACGUUUCUGAGCGUCGGCUACGGUGACAUUGUGCCCAACACGUACUGCGGUAGAGGUAUCGCUGUCACGACUGGCAUCAUGAAGGGUGCUGGCUGCACGGCGUUGCUCGUUGCUGUCGUCUCGAGGAAAUUGGAGCUGACGCGGGCAGAGAAACACGUCCACAACUUCAUGAUGGACACACAACUCACCAAGCGCUUGAAGAACGCGGCCGCUAAUGUCCUGCGAGAGACGUGGCUAAUCUACAAGCACACGAAACUGGUGAAACGCGUUAACCCGGGCCGGGUCCGUACCCAUCAGCGCAAGUUUUUGCUGGCCAUCUACUCGCUGAGAAAGGUCAAGAUGGACCAGCGCAAACUGAUGGACAAUGCCAACACCAUCACUGAUAUGGCCAAGACUCAAAACACCGUUUACGAAAUAGUCUCUGAGAUGAACACACGGCAAGAUGUCAUGGAGGAACGUCUCAGCACUUUGGAGGAGAAGUUGACUUUACUUCAGGAGACCCUCGAAGCUCUGCCUGAGGCCAUUUCACGCUACCUGCCGACCGUUGUCAAUAAUGCGCCGUUCAGCGGCGCUACCAGCGGCUGGUCGCAGCCGCCACAGACGGAAAGCAACGGCACCGAGUUACAACGACGACAGCAGUUUCUGCAUCCGGAAUCGACCUACGGCAGCAUCGGCGGAGGGGCCAGUGGUGCAACUAAUUCUGCCGCAGCAGCAGCAGCAGCAGGAAAUGGGGGUGGUGGUGUCACGCAUUCGAGAUCCUCGCCCGGAACGUGGACAGCCACUUCUCCCGCGGGAGCGUCCACAUCAACGGCCCUGCCCGUACCUGCGCAACCACCUCAGCCACCGCCGCUGCCAUCCAAGCCCAAACUCAGUUAACUCUGUCUCUCUUUAUUUACCUGUCCGUCUCGACGAGAAAAGUCAUCCCCUCUCAUCCAAUUCCCAAUACGUUUUUUAUAUACAUAUUAAGAUAUACAUAUAUAUAAAAUGUAAGCAUAUUAUUAUUGACGUGACCUAGUGAGAUUUAUCGGGUGGCACCGGCCAAAAAGGGAAGAAAAGAAACAAAAAUGAUAGGAAAAUGUUUUCGGGGUCUCUUUGUCUACACUUCACUUUGUUUUUUUGUUUUUAUCCGGGCAAGUUCGCCAGCCGGAGGAUCUUCAAAUGAUGUACAAAGUAAAAUAUAACAAAACGAAUAACUGAAAACUCGAAUGAUUUUCGCUUGUUCAUUGAGAAAACAAAUAGCGAUAAUUCACGUUGGGUCGAAUGUUCAUUUGUUUCAUUCGAGUCUCUAUUUUUUUUUUUUUUCACAUCAAUUCAAUUUUCUAUUGGAGACUGAAACAGAAUUUUCCGUGCUAGACUAGAAUUAAAACAAAAAAAAUUUUACACCUUUUUCUAGGGGUUUCUUUUUUUUUCGGCCCGACUCUUUAAAUGGAUGUGCCCGGUGCGCAUCCUCACUAUCGAAUCAUGUUUUUGUUUUUAUUUUCUUCAAUAAUUACAAUCUAUAAUCCUGUACACAUCGUAUCGAACAUACUUACAAAUUAUAUUGAUAAAAGAUAUAAUGUUUUUAUGCUCUCAUGUGUGUGCCCCUUGUGUGUACAAUAACGAAAGGCGGGGGGUGGAAAGAAAAAUGGAACGGUUGAGUUUGCAUAUAACUCACGACAAGUUUUGACUUCGCGAUCUCCCACAUUUUCAUUCGAUUUAAUUUGAUUUGUUUUCCCGUUUUCUUGUCUCCUGUUAUCUUCCGGCCAUCGUGAUGAUAUCGCAUUUUUAUAUGGGCGGAUUCGUUUUGUUUCUUCUUUCAUUCUCUUCUCUCUUUUCCCGCUAUCGUGUUAUAUGAUAAACAUUUUAAAUUCGUCUGAUCCUUUUUUUGUUUUUCUUCACGGAAACUGGAAACGACAUUCGCAAAUGGCCUGAGGAUUGAAAUGCAAAUCCAAGAGUUGAUUUUCUUUGUAUCAUCACCACCUGCCAUGUAUACUGUUGAUUUUAUAAAACAAUAUGAAUUACCUUGUCAA